CCAGCUGUCAAUCACAAGUUUACAGCCCAAUACAGUCAUACCUCAUCUCUUUACUCUCGAAUCUUGACACGACGCAGAAAGGACAGCUUCAAUCCAACCGCUUCCACGUGUCAAUUACUCACACCUCCUCUCCUCCUCACUCUUCUUCUCCGACUCAUCCCGAGUCAACCAACUUCCAUCACGAUUCUUCCCACUCGCCCCUCUCUCUCCCACAAAUUCAUCAAAUCUCUCUCUCUCUCUCCCUCCCCCUCUCCCUCCCUCUCUCUCUCUCUCUCUCCCCCUCUCUCCCCCUCCCUCCCAUACACACGCACCAGUUUCACAUCAGUCAUGUCAACUCAGUCAUCUACACCAGCUCUUUCUUCAUCAUCUUCGAGUAUCCAAUCAGAAGCUGAAGCUCUUCGUCGCAAUCGAGUCUUAUCUAGCAAGCUUUACUUCGAUGUUCCUCGCAACAAGGCUCCGAUUAUUUAUUCGCCUGUUUACGAUAUUGCCUUCUUCGGAAUCGAAAAACUGCAUCCGUUUGAUUCCUCAAAGUGGGGUCGAAUUUGCAAGUUUCUCAUUGAUAAUGGUCAUCUGAAUAAGAAUUGCAUAGUGGAGCCUGAAGAAGCUACGAAGGACGAUCUUCUUGUGGUCCAUUCUGAAGUGUACUUAAAAAGUCUAAAAAGCAGUUUAAAUGUCUCCGUUAUUAUAGAGGUCCCUCCUGUUGCCCUAUUGCCAAACUUCCUUGUGCAGAAGAAUGUCCUUUAUCCGUUUCGGAAGCAGGUGGGAGGUACCAUUUUAGCUGCAAAGCUUGCAAAAGAGAGAGGAUGGGCCAUUAAUGUUGGUGGUGGAUUCCAUCACUGUUGUGCAACAAAAGGAGGUGGAUUCUGUGUAUAUGCGGACAUAUCUCUUUGCAUUCACUAUGCUUUCAUCCGUUUAAACAUUUCAAGAGUGAUGAUAAUUGAUCUCGAUGCACAUCAAGGGAACGGGCAUGAGAAAGACUUUUCUGGCGACAGCAGAGUCUACAUUCUGGAUAUGUAUAACCCUGACAUCUAUCCAUUUGAUUACGAGGCAAGAGGAUAUAUUAAUCAGAAAGUUGAAGUCAGGUCUGGAACAUCAACAAAUGAUUAUCUUAUGAAACUAGAUGCAGCACUUAAGGUUGCUGGGAGUAUGUUUGAUCCAGAGUUGCUGAUUUACAAUGCUGGCACUGAUAUACUUGAUGGAGACCCACUGGGAAAGCUCAAGGUAAGUCCUGAUGGGAUAGCCAGCAGGGAUGAGAAAGUUUUCCGGUUUGCAAGGGAAAAUAGUGUUCCUCUCGUCAUGGUCACCUCAGGUGGUUAUAUGAAGUCCAGUGCCAAAGUCAUAGCAGAUUCAUUAGUAAACCUCUCAAAAAAAUGCUUGGUAGACAUGGGAGGUUCUCCAUAACUGUAGAAAAGUGCAUUUCCUAAACUAGGCCGGCUGAGAGAAGAAGGGAUGUGAAGAAGUUUGUUCAUAGUGGUAAAGUUUAUGUACAGAAUAGGAGAUUAAUCAGUACUGCCGUAAUUGCCUUCCUAGUUGUAUUAAAGGCUUGUUGUGCUAUUAGAAGUGUAUCUUGUCUUCAUCUAAAAAAAAUUAUACAUGGCACUGUGACUGUGAUUGUCUAAAUCUUCUGAUAUAGUAGAAAGUUUUGAUGUGA